UUCAACAGGUUGAUCUUUUCACCACCAGAGCUGGAUCAACAACAUUCAUGAGUUGAAAAUCAAGAAAUCAACUAAGAUCUAAGAGUUUGAGCUUCUACUUGGACUGAAAUGUCAUGACUUCAUCAACUGAAUCCUACUACGCUUAUGCAGACUCAAAUAAAACCACUCCAAUAUUCUCUAUAGGUCCGGAAUUCAUUCAGCAGUGGAAGGAAGAUAAACGGAAAGAAAAAUUAUGCAGGUUUAUAUACAAAACUGUUCUGUCCUAUGUGGAUUGUAUCGAAACUUUGAAUUCCUCUUCGGUGAAAAUUUGGGAUGAAGAUCCUCUACACCUAGUCCCCAACUUCACCAGUUCGAUUACCUCAUUGCAGAGCAAUUCGACACAAGCGAUCGACGUAGAUAUUUUGACUCCUGUUCUGCCACCCUUUCCCUUAUGGCAAGCUGUUCUUAUUGCCAUCGGAAUUGCUGUUUGCAUCAUUCUCACGGUCGGCGGGAAUAUUCUCGUUCUUUUGGCUUUCAUUUGCGAUAGGAAUAUAAGGCAGCCCAGCAAUUAUUUUAUCGCUUCGUUGGCAGCCACAGAUAUGCUUAUCGGGACCGUUUCGAUGCCAUUUUUCACCGUGUACGUUUUGAUGGGAUACUGGGACCUCGGACCACUUUUAUGCGAUCUGUGGCUUUCCGUAGAUUAUACAGUAUGUCUAGUUUCCCAAUACACCGUAUUACUUAUCACCAUAGACAGAUAUUGCUCCGUAAAAAUAGCAGCACGUUAUAGGAGCUGGAGGACGAAAAAUCGUGUCAUAUACAUGGUUACAAUCACCUGGAUCAUCCCAGCACUCCUCUUCUUCUCUAGUAUAUUCGGCUGGGAACAUUUCAUAGGUUACAGGGAUUUGUUACCAGGGGAAUGUACCGUACAGUUCUUGAAAGAUCCAAUCUUCAACACAGCCCUUAUUAUUGGGUAUUACUGGACCACCCUAAUUGUUCUAUUCGUUUUAUACGGCGGCAUUUAUAAGACCGCCUACGAUAUGCAGAAAAAAAGUGAAAUGAAACAGCGUAAGAUGCAAUCAAUGGUAGCUCUCAGCGCGGGGGCUAUGUCAGGUAUGGCGGGAAGGGCCGCAGGUAUAGGACUGUCAAAAACACAAAGCACCCUGUUGACCCAAGAUAAAUACCAAAACAACACAGUGAAGAUCAUCGAUGACAACACCGACAAAACCACGUGUAAUCAGCUAGGACUAGGAGACACAAAGAGCAACGCAAAACUCAGUAGCACCACGCCGACAACCACGAGUAGCACAGUCAUCUGCAACAACCAGAAAAUCUCCAACGUGACGUUUACGCAAGGUCCGAUCGAAAUUGCCAAAUCGGAAAAAUCCAGCAGCCCGGGAUUCGAUUCCGACGAAGAAUCCACCGCCAAAACCAAGGAGGAGAAGGAAAAACAGGCGGAGAUUAUGAGAAAACGAUCGUCGCUGGUCGGUCUAGUGCUCCAUUCCAGCGUCCCGCUGAAAGUCAUAACCUCCUCCAAUGAUCUCAAUCUUGACGCGUUCGGGAACAAGGUGCAAUCGCAAAGGCAUUCCUCGUUCCCGUUCUCGCUACCUCAGAUUUUCGAGAAAAACUCCAACUCUUCGGGAAACUCCACGGUAGGUGAAUACGUAAGUGGCGACGUUCUCAACCAAUCCGAUCCUGGUUUGAACCAUAUCAUCCCCAAGGUAUCAUCCCCGCAACCUGUUGCCCCGAAGAAUGAGGUAGUGAAACCAAUAGUGAAACAUCCCCCCAAAAGACCGAGUAGUUUAUAUGUUGACCCUAAAGGUACAUACGAUAUUCUCAUAGGAUUAGACGGGGCUGAUUUACGUUUUAUGGACGAGAGCUCAUUGGCCCUACCUUCCCCAGUGUGUGACAGUUCUCAGUCCUCCUGCACCAUAACCGAAUCGUCCGCGCAUGCUCCUCCCAAUGUCACUAACACUAAUUUGCUCCAGAGCGCCCUGCUACGGUCUACUCAAACAGCCGCCAAGUCCGUUACUUCGAAUGCUAAUCAAAUCAGCAUUCAGGAAUUCACGAACGAGAUCUCGAAAACUGACGACACGCAGGAUUCCAGAGGUUCGCCGUCAGAAUGUAGCACUCACGUAGAUAACCAAGCAGGUAAUAUACCAUCUGAAACUGUUGACGCGUCCACUAAAAUAGUGCGAGUUGAAACUGAAAUUUCUUUCGACGUAGGGACGAAAGAUGCACCCAAGAAGAGAACUCUGAUGAAGAAGAUCGGCAAGAGGUUCAAAAAACCGCACGUCGAACCUUUCCGUGGAUUCAUUCGCCAAAAAUCCAAAUCGGAAAAUAGAGCUAGAAAGGCAUUACGUACGAUUUCUUUCAUAUUGGGGGCGUUCGUCGUGUGCUGGACUCCGUUUCACGUAUUCGCAUUAGUGGAAGGAUUUUGUACUUCACCACCAUGUAUAAAUGAACACAUAUACAUGUUUUCCUAUUUCUUAUGUUACGCGAAUAGUCCGAUAAAUCCUUUCUGUUAUGCCCUGGCGAAUCAGCAAUUCAAAAAAACGUUUACGAGAAUUUUGAGAGGAGAUUUUCGCAUAACUUGAAUAGAUUGCGUCGAAGAAUUCUUUCGAAUUAUCUAUUCACUGAUGGCCUACUAGUGUCCUCUCCGAAAAAAGAACAUCUCCGAAUUGUGUAUCCUCUUUUUGUCAAUAGAUAGUGAAGAAGACUGAACGUGUAUAUGAAAUACAUAUAUCGAAUGAUGAUAUUUUGUGUUUAUUGUGUUAAUUUUGAACAAUAUGGAUUAUGAUCUAUGUAUGAAAGGAAUCAAACGGGUCAGCGAUUAGGAAAAACUGUGGAUAGAAAGAAAUUGUUUUGUAUCAAUUGAAUUGAAUUGUUCUAGUACCUUACAAAAUUGAACUCUGUUCCCUUAUAUCCAGUUUUGGUUGCAGCGAAGAUUUAGAGUGGCGUCUGUAGAUCGAAAACAUUUUCAAGCAUAGAGAAAUAUUUUCAAUAAAAUUGAAAAACUUACCUGAAUUCUUCUCAAACAAUUCUCAUAUGUCUAAGUGAUGCAAUUUGUCCAUUUUCUAAA